AAGCUAUCCAAGCGAAAAGUGUCAAACGAAAUUUUCCGUUCUUUCUGAAUAUUUGACAUAAUAUUUUUGAAAAUAAAAACUUUUUACUCGUGCCCCUCGUUUCACUUACACUUAGGAUUAUUCCAUAGAUUAUUUAAUUAUUUGGGAAAAUGGCACAUAAUACAGAUAGCGCGAAUGAUUUGGACAAACUUCAAACGGAGGACAAUGUCAGUAGUCCAGCAAAAGUAUCAAAUUCAAAUUCUUUACUCUAUGACAAAUCUCAAUCACUGGUAGAUAUUGCGAAUAAUACCUUCAAAGAAUUAUGUCGUACAUUGGAGAAUGAACAGUCCAAGUUGCUAGAGUUAGAGGAACGACGUAAAAAGCUGCAGGAGGAAAUGCAACGCCUCAAGCAAGAAAUUGAGGAAGAGAAGCAUACUUAUCGUCUCAAUUUGGUAGAAUCUCUUACGGAGAAUGCGGAAGUAAUGUGCGCCAAAGAAAUGGCUAAUAUCGAAUGUGGAGAAAGUGCGGAGCUUGACGAAGAUAUACCAUCAGGCUGUGAGUUUCAAAAUAAACUCGACACAUGUUACGAAACCGAUGAAACAGCAACUGGCGAAGAAGUCUCUCCUGCCAGCUACUCAGUACAUGAAGAUAAUAACAAAAAUCCCAAUGACAUUGCUGAUAGUAUUCAGCGGAAGCUGCAGGGUGUAGUUGCAGAAGGCGUAAUUCAGCAACGUAGUUGUGAAGAUUCAGACAAUGAGUUUUUCUUUUAGGCGAAUAUUUCACACCAAACUUGAAGGUCAAUUUGUUUUUGUUUCCACAUGCACGCCCACCUUUAUUUGUACAUUUUAUUUUUAAACCCUUGUUGAAAAAUUGUGCAUUUUAUUUCCUAAACCUUUACAAUAAACUUUAAUUCAUUUAUUUAUUUUGUACAAA